AUGGCGAUCAGGGCGAAGCUUCCCCUGGCGCUCGCCAUCUCGUGCCUCGCCGUCCUGCAGCUGCUCCUGCCGUGCGCGGCGCGCCCCGUUCGCGAAACGGGCACCAUCGACGGCAGCCGGAGCCAGCACCUCAAGCUGCGCGGAUCGUUCCUGCGCGGCCCGGAGAGCGUCGCCUUCGACGGCGCCGGCGCCGGCCCUUACAGCGGCGUCUCCGACGGCCGCGUCCUGAAGUGGAACGGGCACGCACGCGGGUGGUCGACCUACGCCUACAGCCCGGGGUACAACGCCAAGGCCUGCACCGCGUCCAGGGUCCGCCCGGCGGAAGUCACGGAGAGCAUGUGCGGCCGCCCGUUGGGCCUGCGCUUCCACUACGGGUCUGGAGACCUCUACAUCGCCGACGCGUACAAGGGGCUGAUGCGCGUUGGACCCGGCGGCGGCGAGGCGACGGUGGUGGCCACGAUGGUCGACGGCAAGCCGCUCCGCUUCACCAACGGCGUUGAUGUCGACCAAGUCACCGGAGAGGUGUAUUUUACGGAUAGUAGCAUGAAGUACUCACGGUCGCAGCACGAGAGGGUGACGGCGACCGGGGACUCGACUGGCCGCCUGAUGAAGUACGAUCCGAAAACGGAUCAUGUCACCGUGUUGCAAUCCGGCAUCACUUACCCCAAUGGCCUUGCCAUCAGUGCUGAUCGGACGCACCUCGUGGUCGCGCUAACCGGACCGUGCAAGUUGAUGAGGUACUGGAUCACCGGCCCCAAGGUUGGCACAUCGGAGACGCUUGCCGAUCUACCGGGUUACCCUGAUAAUGUGAGGCCUGACGGAAGAGGUGGUUUUUGGGUGGCGCUGCACCGAGAGAAGAUGGAGCUGCCAUUUGGUCCUGAUCGCCACCUACUUGCAGUAAGGAUUGACGCUGACGGGAAGGUGCUUCAGGUGAUGAGAGGACCAAAGAACGUGAGACCAACAGAGGUGGUGGAGAGGAAAGGUGGCAAGCUAUAUAUGGGUUCGGUGGAAUUACCUUAUGUCGCUGUUGUUAGUGCUUAG